GCUCAUGUGAAUGUACAGAACAAUAAAGGUGACACACCACUUCUUAAAGCAGCAGGACGGGGAUAUACAGAGUGUGUGGAUACGUUACUGAAGGCUGGAGCUAAUGUCAAUGUACAGAACAAUACAGGUGACACGCCACUUCAUACAGCAACAGCAGUAGCUCGGGGUGGAUCUACAGAGUGUAUUGACGUGUUAUUGAAGGCUGGAGCUCAAGUGAAUGUACAGAACAAUAGAGGUAACACACCACUUCAUACAGCAUCUAGAGCAGCUCGGGGUGGAUCUACAGGUUGUAUUGAUGUGUUACUGAAGGCUGGAGCUAAAGUUAAUGUACAUAAUAAUACAGGUGACACACCACUGCAUGAAGCAGCAGCAGCAGCAGCUGUAUCAGCAAUGUUUGAUAAAUCUAUAGAGUAUGUUGACGUGUUACUGAAGGCUGGAGCUCACGUGAACGUACAGAAUAAUAUAGGUGACACACCACUUCAUAAAGCAGUAGCAGAAUGGGAUGGAUCUGCAGAGUGUGUUGAUGUAUUACUGAAGCAUGGAGCUAAAGUGAAUUUACAGAAUAAUACAGGUGACACGCCACUUCAUACAGCAGCAGCAUCCGCCGUAAAAGCAGCAUCAUGGGGUGGAUCUCCAGAGUGUGUUGAUGUGUUACUGAAGGCUGGAGCUAAAGUGAAUGCACAGAAUAAUAAAGGGGACACACCACUCCAUAAAGUAGCAGCACUAUGGAAUGGAUCUAGAAGGUGUCUUAAAUUGUUACUGAAGGCUGGAGCUGAUUUAAAUGUACAGAAUAAUACAGGGGACACACCCUUUUUAUUUGAGCAGCCGCUGCAGCAGCAGCAUGGGGUGGAACUACAAAGUGUGUUGAUAUGAUACUGAAGCAUGGAGCGAAAGUGAAUGUACAGAAUAAUACAAGUGACACACUACUUCAUACAACAGCCGCAGCAGUAGCAACAGCAUCGGGUGGAUCUACAGGUUGUAUUGAUGUGUUACUGAAGGCUGGAG